AUGGACGAGGAGACGCUGUCCGGCACCCAAACACCAAACCCAGCAACACCACCAAAACUGGACCCAAGAGCCCCAGCGAAGUUCACCGUCAUCAAGCACCCCGAGAUCCUGCGGACGUGGCGCGAGGCCGGCGCCCUCGCCGACGAUGAUAACAAAGAUCGAUCCGUCGUCGCGAUCCCGCUGUCGCUCGACGCGUCCUGGGCGACCAUCCUCGAGGCCGUCGAGGCCUAUACCGUCAAGUCGGGUGGGAAAACCGUAAACCACAACACGACGCUGCGCGCGCGGCGGCUGCUCACGAGCCGCGACUUCGACAAGGUCGGCGUGUGCUGGAAGCGGCGCGACGUCAAAAUACAAGCCUCCCAGAGCGACCGCGACCUCUGGGUCAAGCGGACCGUCGCCCUGGGCUUCAAGGAGCUGCGCUACUUCGAGGGCGGCGACUCGAUCCUCUCCGCGGCGAUGAACGACCUGGGCAAGCCGCGGGGCUCGAUGGCCGCGGACCCGGCGACGAAGCUCCGCGUCGCCGAGGCGGCCCCGGCGGCGGCGGCGGCGGAGGACGACGACGACGACGACGAUGGUCCGCGCUACUUCCGCGACAGCGCCGCCGACACAACGACACCACCAAAGCCGCCGCUCGGCGCGCCGACGGAGCACGUGCUCGAGGUGUGCCACAACAACACAGAAUGGCUCCUCUGCUUCGAGGAGGCGGCGGAUCUGGUGGCGUGGCGCGACGCCAUCCACGCCGCGCGGCUCGACGCGAAGCCGCCCGUGCCGCCGGAGAUCUUCGAUCUGGAGUGCGCGUCUACGACGUCGAACGACGCGGCCGCGCGGAGCCGCUUCGGCGUCUUCCGCUGCGCCGGCGACUGCCGCGGCGCGCUCAAGGCCGUCCUGCGGGCCGUGCGCGACGACGAAAAGGCGAAGGUCGCGCAGAGCCGCAAGGCGCUGGAGCGCGCGGCGAGCGACGGGGAGGCGGACGGAGACGCGACGGUCGCGCUCGACGGCGCCGUGCUCGCGGACAUCGACCGCGCGGUGCGCCGCGACGCCGCGCGGCGCUUCAAGCCGAAGCGCGAUGCGUGCGACGCCGCGCGCCGCGACGCGCUCGCGGGGCUCGAGAAGGUCGUCGCGGUCGUGCGGAAGGCGUACGCGGAGGCGCGCGUGGACCUGCCGCCGGACGUGGAGCUCGAGGUGCCACCGCCGCCGCCGCUUUCCGGGGGUGCCAUCGUGGACGUGUGGAGCGCCGAGACCUUCGCGCGCGACGCCGCGGAGGUCGUCGCGCGCGCGUUCAAGGACGACGCCGUCGACGCGAAUCUCUCCGGCAAGAUCGCGCGCGCGUCGCUGCUGAACCGCGCGGCGCGCGACGCCGCGGCGAGCCUGGGAGACGCGGCCGACGCGCGCGAGGCCGCGGGGGUCGCGGAGCUGGAGAAGUUCGCGGACGUCGCGGAGGCCGCGGUCGCGGCGCGGAGGCGGCGCCUCGUCGACGACGUCUCGGACGCGGUCCGCGCGGGCGCGUGGAUCGGCCAGGCGUCGCCGUCGGCGGAUCUGUGGCAGCGCAACGAGAACGCGGCGCUGGCCAAGGACGUCGCCCUCGGGCGCUGGCCCUGCACGCGCGACCUCGCGACGCCGGGCACGCUCUGGGUCGCGCGGCCGUGCCUCUACUGGGCGCCGAACGCGUCCGUCGCGGGGCUCCUGUCCGUCUUCGGCCGCCCCGCGGCGAAGGACGAGCGCCACGAGCUGCGCAACCUCCACGAGGUCGCCAGGGUCCCGAGCCCCGUGCCCCUGAAGAAGAACGCGAUCCGCCUCGCGUUCCGCGGCGACGGCGACCACGACCUCGUGCUGACGCUCAACGCGCCGGGCGCGAGCGUCGCCGCGCUCAUGGACCUCGUCGAGGCCGCCGCGGGGGGCGGGGCCGUCGCGGCCUUGUUGGGCCCGUUGCCGUCGAAGCAGUGGACGAAUGCGACGACGCCGUGGCAGAAGUUGCCGCCCCACAUGCCCCAGGACAGGAGCGGCUUGAACGCGACGGGGUCGAACGACGCCUGCGUGAUCCAGAUGCCGAACGUCGUGUAG